AUGUAACAGGUCAUGUGGCAGCCUCCGAGGGACACGCGUGGGGUCUGGAGCAGGACACGCGUGUGCAGCUGGCUCCGACGUGGGUUCAGGGGGCGGUGGGCGACGGGGACGUGGACUCAGCCGGAUGGGGCUCCUGAGGAUCUGAGGAACCACAGCCAGGGUUCCAAUCGGCUUCCACCUCACCUGGGACAGUCUUGGGUUGGCGGGAGAGCCCCAGCGGGCAUCUAGCGAGGACCAGGGGGCUGACAGCCUCGGGGACUCAGGACUCUGGGAGAGGGCGGGGUGAGGGUGGGGAUUAGCGUUGCUUGAGUGGCGUGCUUGGGGGAGGAGGAGGGACUGCGAGGCGAGGCGGGCGGGCCUGGAGCAAGCGGGAGCCGCGCUGCCUUCACAGCUGAGCUGCGCCCAGCCUCUCCCCUGCCUCUCCUCGGUCCCAGCUCCUGACGAGCACCGGCCUGCCUGAAGAGCAUGCAGCCCCCUCACUCCCCGCCUGGCCUCACCAUCCCUGCCCCCCCAGCCUGACCCCCAGCCCCAGCAUGGCCCAGGGUGCCAUGCGCUUCUGCUCGGAAGGCGACUGUGCCAUUUCCCCACCACGAUGUCCUCGCCGUUGGCUCCCCGAAGGCCCCGUGCCCCAGAGCCCCCCAGCCAGCAUGUACGGCAGCACAGGCUCCCUGCUUCGGCGAGUAGCAGGUCCAGGGCCCCGAGGCCGGGACCUGGGCCGUGUGACAGCACCCUGCACUCCUCUGCGCGGGCCCUCCUCCCCCCGCGCAGCUCCCUCCCCCUGGCCACCUUCUUCCCCUACUGGGCAGCCUCCCGCUGGGACCCGGAGCUCCGUGGUCAUCUUCCGCUUUGUGGAGAAGGCCAGUGUGAGGCCGCUGAAUGGUCUCCCUGCUCCUGGAGGCUUGAGUCGAAGCUGGGACCUGGGGGGUGUCUCUCCGCCCAUGCCCACCCCAGGCCUCAGGCCUGGGUCCAACCGGAAGUUGCGACUGGAGGCCUCGACAUCAGAUCCCCUCCCAGCAGGCCAAGGCUCAGGCCUGCCUGGCAACCGGGACCCUUUCCGGGGGCCACCAGUCCCACCCCAGGUUGGAGCAGAUGGCCUCUACUCCUCUCUCCCCAAUGGCCUUGGGGGGGCCCCUGAGCGCCUGGCCAAGCUCCUCCGAGGAACUGCUGACACCGGAUUCCUGAGCCAGGGGGACACUUGGUCCUCUCCCUGGGAAGUCUCCUCUCACGCCCAGAGAAUCGCUCGAGCCAAGUGGGAAUUCUUCUAUGGCUCCUUGGACCCCCCCAGCUCAGGUGCUAAGCCCCCAGAGCAGGCCCCGCCGUCCCCAGCCGGAGCGGGCUCAGGGAAGGGCUCUGGGGUGGCUGUGGGGCAAGCAGCCAAGUACUCUGAGACGGAUCUGGACACGGUGCCCCUGAGGUGCUACCGCGAGACCAACAUUGAUGAGGUGCUGGCCGAGCGCGAGGAGGCCGACUCAGCCAUCGAGAGUCAGCCCAGCUCCGAGCGCCUGCCUGGCACUACCCGCCCACCUGCCCCACGUCCUGGCCCAUGCCUCGGCCCUCCUUCCAGUUUGGGCAGUGGCGAUGAGGACGAGGAUGAGGCAGGCGCAGAAGAGGAUGUGGACGAUGAGGUGUUUGAGGCCUCAGAGGGGGCCCGGCCAGGGAGCCGGAUGCCUCACUCCGGGCCUCUCAAAUCACCGGUGCCCUUUCUUCCUGGGACCAGCCCCUCAGCGGACGGGCCUGACUCUUUUAGUUGUGUGUUUGAAGCCAUCUUGGAGUCCCACCGGGCCAAAGGCACCUCCUACACCAGCCUGGCCUCGCUGGAGGCCCUGGCCUCACCUGGCCCAACCCAGAGCCCCUUCUUCACCUUUGACCUGCCUCCCCAACCCCCUGCCCCGCGGCCUGAUCCCCCUGCUCGGGCCCCGCUUGCCCUCCUUGAACCUGAUUCUGGUACCAACUCUGCUGCGGAUGGUCCCUGGAUGCAGAGAGGGGAGGAAGAGGAGGAGGAGGCAGAGCCAGGAAUGAAGCCUGUCCCAGGCAGGGAGCCCCCUAGUCCCUGCCACUCGGAGGACAGCCUUGGUCUGGGGGCAGCACCCCUGGGCAGUGAAACGCCUCUCAACCCGCUGGUGUCUGACUCGGACUCAGAGCUGGAUAGCACCGAGCGGCUGGCCCUGGGGAGCACAGAUACCCUGUCCAAUGGGCAGAAGGCGGAUCUGGAGGCCGCACAGCGCCUUGCCAAGAGGCUGUACCGACUCGAUGGCUUCAGGAAGGCCGACGUGGCCCGGCACCUCGGCAAGAACAAUGACUUCAGCAAACUGGUGGCUGGGGAGUACCUCAAGUUCUUUGUCUUCACGGGCAUGACUCUGGAUCAAGCUCUCAGGGUGUUUCUGAAAGAGCUGGCUUUAAUGGGUGAGACCCAGGAACGGGAGCGGGUGCUGGCCCACUUCUCCCAGCGAUACUUCCAGUGCAACCCUGAAGCCCUGUCCUCCGAGGACGGCGCCCACACGCUGACCUGUGCCCUCAUGCUCCUCAACACGGACCUCCACGGCCACAACAUCGGGAAGCGCAUGACCUGUGGAGACUUCAUCGGCAACUUGGAGGGUCUCAACGAUGGUGGUGACUUCCCCAGGGAAUUGCUCAAGGCCUUAUACAGCUCCAUCAAGAAUGAGAAGUUGCAGUGGGCUAUAGACGAGGAGGAGCUGAGACGCUCUCUGUCUGAGUUGGCUGACCCCAACCCCAAGGUCAUCAAGAGGGUGAGCGGGGGCAGUGGCAGCAGCUCCAGCCCUUUCCUGGAUCUGACUCCCGAGCCCGGGGCUGCCGUCUACAAGCACGGGGCCCUGGUGCGCAAGGUGCACGCAGACCCUGACUGCAGGAAAACACCUCGAGGCAAGCGGGGCUGGAAGAGCUUCCACGGAAUCCUCAAGGGCAUGAUCCUCUACCUGCAGAAGGAGGAGUACCAGCCUGGGAAAGCCCUUUCGGAGGUGGAGCUCAAGAAUGCCAUCAGCAUCCACCAUGCCCUGGCCACCCGUGCCAGCGACUAUAGCAAGAGACCCCAUGUCUUCUACCUACGCACAGCAGACUGGCGAGUCUUCCUCUUCCAGGCCCCGAGCCUGGAGCAGAUGCAGUCCUGGAUCACCCGCAUCAAUGUGGUGGCUGCCAUGUUCUCCGCCCCGCCCUUCCCAGCUGCUGUGAGCUCCCAGAAAAAGUUCAGCCGCCCCCUGCUACCCAGUGCUGCCACCCGCCUCUCCCAGGAGGAGCAGGUGCGGACCCAUGAGGCCAAGCUGAAGGCCAUGGCCAGCGAACUACGGGAGCACCGGGCUGCCCAACAAGGCAAGAAAGCCCGUGGCAAGGAGGCUGAAGAACUGAGGCAGAAGGAGGCCUAUCUGGAGUUUGAGAAAUCCCGCUACAGCACCUACGCCGCGCUGCUUCGGAUCAAGCUGAAGGCAGCGGGCCAAGAGCUGGAUGCGGUUGAGGCAGCACUGGCCCAGGCCGGGGGUGCUGAAGAUGGGCUUGCUCCUUCUCACUCCAGUCCCUCCCUGCAGCCUCACCCUCCAAGCCAGCCCCGGGGUCCGCGUACAGGCUCUGAGCCCCGGGCAGGGGUGGGUAGCGGGAGGUGGAAGUCCUGAGCUGGGGUGGGUGCACCAGGGGCGGUGCCUGUGGGCGCCUGCAUGAUGACAAAGUCCUGCCUGAGCCCGGGCCGGCCUCGGGCCACCUGUGAGGGCCUCCUGGCCCAGGGCCCGACCGCGCCGGACGCGGUGUCCGGGGCAGGGCAGAGCUGGGGCGCGGGCCUCAGGAGCCAAGGCUUGAGGGGCCCCUCCAAAUCUCCUUUUUGUGAUAAUGUUUUGCACUUUUUCGUACAGGGUGGGUGGGGGUGGGAAGGGCCAGCGCCCCUAAACUUUUGAUGCUGUUUUUUUUUUUUUUGGUGGGGGAGGCCUGACGAGGGUUCGCUUUCUGUUGAGACCCCUCAAUCCUGACACCAGCAGUCUCCUUCCAUCCUGGAGUCUGGUUCAGACAGGGGCCAGGAACUGGGGCGAGGCUGCUUUCCCUUCCCUCCUUCCCAAGGGUCACCCUGUGUGUAGGGUACCCACAUAAGGCCCUGUUCCUGGGUUGGGCAGCCCAGCCUGCUUCCUCUCCAUGUGGGCCCUGCCUAUUAUGUUCUGCCUCCACCCCCAUUAAAACUGCUCGGAAUUGC